AAUUUUUUUUUUUUUUAUUUUAAAAAUUUUUUGCGCGCUUUCCGCCAGCCGCCGCCGUGGCCGCCCGGCGAUGAACGGCGGGGCCCUGCCGCCGCUGCCCCCCGCAGCCCCCCGCGGCCGCCGGCGGCCCGCCUCCCCCGAGCUGCUGCGCUGCAAGCGCCGCCUGGCCUUCGCCGCCCUGCCGGGCACCGGAGCGGCGGCGGCGGCUGCCGUGGCCCGUCGUAACGAGCGGGAGCGCAACCGCGUGCGGCUGGUCAACCUGGGCUUCGCCGCCCUCCGCCAGCACGUUCCUCACGGCGCCGCCAGCAAGAAGAUGAGCAAGGUGGAGACCCUCCGCUCCGCCGUCGAGUACAUCCGCGCCUUGCAGCGGCUCCUCGACGAGCACGACGCCGCCGCCGCCUUCCCCGACGGCCGCGGGCGGGCCGCCGUCGGGGAAGGAGGCGGCGGCGGCGGCGGCUACUCUUCCGCUUCGCCCUCCUUCGCCUCCUCCGUGCCCGGCUCGCCUUGCUCCUCCGAGGAGAGCGGCUACGACGCGGCGCUCAGCCCCGAGGAGCGGGAGCUGCUGGACUUCACCAGCUGGCUCGGGAGCUACUGACCCGGCGGGAGCCGCUCUCAGCCUGCAGUACCUCAGCGCCCUCGCUCUCCGCAGCAGCCAGCAAUCCCCCCCAAAAUACUCAGCCCCCACCCCGGCGGGACCCCACUGGCUGCUUUUCUCGCCGGGUUCAGCCGUCGUCUUCGGGCUGUGGAAAGUGCAAUGGUGUAAAUGACUGGCGGGGCUCCGCUACCUGCUCCGGGGCAGCGGCUCCACCUGCCCGCCGGGAGCUGCCGACGGAGAGGAGGCCCGAGCGACCCCGCUUCCCCCCACGGCUGCUUUCUGGUGUUGCUUUGGAGGGGUGGGAAAAAAGAAAUUAAAAACACUUGAUGCUUCCUUGUUUCUGGAGGGGGAGGGAAUUUUUUAUCAUGUCAGAUUCUAUUUUAUAUGUAACUUGAACAGCCUGUGGGAACACUGGUGUAUGAAGACUUAUUUUUGUACAAGAAGCCUUAGAGAAAAGGGGUGAGGAGAUGGUUCUAUUUUUAGCAAGUCCUAUUCCCUUGUUCUUGAACACUGCCAGCUAGAAUGUUUUGGGAACAUACACAGUUUAGAUAAAAAGGUGGGGGUUUUUUUCCUCUCCAAACACUUUAGUAAAAUGUAAAGUUAUGUUGUGUCUUAACGUGGUGUCUGAGUUUGCCUGGUGUGAAGGUCCACUUCUCUGAAAACUGAAGUUGUUUUUUUUUUUUUAAAAAUGUAUUGAAGGCAUUUUUAUAUGCACUUGCUAGGAUUUCUUAAAUUGUACAUAUGCAGUUUUUAAAAGAGUAUCAUAUUUUAUGUGAAUUGACUUUAUAAAUAAAAAUCUAUUUAUAAAUGGCUUCA